AUGGCCUUUUACACGUUAAAUAUCGUUGUUAACUUACCAAAAAACGAUUUGAACGGCAGAAAUUUCGAUUUUUUACUGGAAUCCAUUCAAGAUAUUCACGAAAAUAUCGUUUACACGGUGAAUUUACAGAAUAAUUGUUUCGAUUGUAUUAAAUGCAACCAAAAAUACAUCCUGAACGUCUUUGGAAGUGAUUCCGUGAUUGAAUCUCACGAUUUGGAGGUUAAAGAAGAAAUUUUUGAAGAAAAAUUCGAGCCUGAUGUCCGACUUGAUGAAGAUUCUGAGGCAGAAAAGUCUGUGAAAACAAAAAAAUCUCGUUAUAAAGUCGAAAGUGACAAGAAAAAGCGGACAAAGUACAAUUGUGACACUUGUAAACUACGAUUUUCUUACCGAUUGUCCCUUCAAAGGCACGAUUGCGUCAAGAAAUAUUUUUGCAGCCUCUGCAAGUCUUCUUUCAACGAUGAAGAGCCAUUCCACGAUCACGUAACUCAAUGCAAACCGCCGAAAAAGAAGGAAAAUUUCGUUUGUCACCUUUGUGGCAUCAGUUUUUCGUACAAAUCCAAGUAUCGGUAUCACCUCAAGCACAGUCGAGCGCAUCAACAAGGUCCUCCGAAGCCUCCGCCGGAUCGGAUGUUCGAAUGUGAUCACUGCAGCAAAAAAUUCCCCACCAAACACACAAUUUUCCGUCACGUUCGCCGACAUUUUCCGUCGCUCUGGAAGCCACAAAAGCCCUGCAUCUGCCAAAUUUGCGGUCAAGCCUUCAAACAGCCGCGAAACUUGAAGCAUCACGUCACGUCGAUCCACGAGGGCCGAAAACCCUUCGAAUGUCACUUGUGCGGCAAGACAUUCACGAGCAACAGUUACCUGAAAAUCCAUCUGGGGCAUCAUGAGGGCGCCCAAAACUACCCCUGCAAAUUUUGCGAACUCAAAUAUCGCGAUCCGGGCACUGUGGCGAGCCACAUGCGACGCUUUCACGCCGCCGCGUACGAGGAAUACAAGAAAAGUAAAAAACUGGCGACUUUUGAGUAAUAAAAAGAAGGUU